UGCUCUUUUCCUCAGUUUUGUGUAGGUACUAUGGCCAAGGCUGGCAGAGUGCUUAGCUUUAUUUUAUUUUUACAAUGUUUUAUAAAUGGGCUCGGCUACGAUCCAAAGAACCACCCAUGCUGUUUGGAUCCAAGUAUGAACGUGACCCUGGCCAUGAUCAUCGAUGCCUUCGAGAUCUACGGCCACGAUCCUACGGACAAGCUGGACCAUUUAGCACAUUACCAGCUGCAGAUGAUGAGGGUCAAGAAAGCGCCUGAUCAGUACAUCAUCAAUGAGCAUGUUCACAUCGCCGUGGACCAUCUCGCCAGGUUCAUACACAUGCAUGUCAAAGAGCUCAAGGUGCUCCUAAUAGCGCUAGAAGACGCGGUAGACAACAUGCUGACGAUGUAUGACAACCACAAUGCCAUCAAGACGGAGCGAGUCGCCACCUACAACCAGGCCGCAGGAGGCGCGGUUCCUUCAGAAUUCUACCUUAGCCAAGAAUACUAUUGCGGCCGCAACGUGUAUCUCUUCGUCUCGGAGCUGUACAGCGACAUCUACAACAUGGGCCGCGGGCCGGCGCCCUACUGUAAAGGCAGGGGCUUUCACUUCCUUGGCUUCGUGCACUUUAUGGACGACAACAAGUACUACCUCGAGGAGGACCCGGGUUUGAGCUUCGCAACGGACAACUUUUUGCAUGGGCUGGAGUGCCAUCUUCAAAUUUGCAUCUACAGGUUCCCAUUCAAAAAGGGAUUGCAGCACGAACGUGACGUAGUAACGCUGCCGAAGGCGCUGGUGAAGUGCGGCACGGAGGUAUACAAGCUGCCGCCGCUCACCGCUGCCUCCUGCAUCAUCACUUCUGGCUCCUUCAUCCUGGACUUCAAUAUCCAGGGGAUACGGUUCCGCCACUACGACUAUAUGCUGUUUCUACCGAAUGGUCAGUCGUACUAUACAAAGGAGAAGUAUACGCCUCUCUUCUGCGACCAUCACGUCUGCGAAUGGAACAACACCAACUUCUAUGGAGGACCAUUCACGAUCCCGGGUGAUCCAGGCACUGGUCUGUCGCCCAUACCACCAUGGUUGGAAUCCAGUACGCUACCACCAAACUCUGUCACCACUCCGGGUGGUGACCACUUGUACGAUACCAGCAACGUUACUUAUUCUCUAGACGGCUGCUGGUUCAUGUUCCCCCCUAACUACGGGUCCAUCGCGGGCAUUAGCUACCUGGACCCGCUCACCAUCAACGAAUACCGGUUCACAUGCCAGGGAACUGGCAGCAAGGGUCUGUACUGGUACCCGCAAUGGAUGGGCGCGCCACCGCACCACCCGUACCCGCAUGCGGGCGAUAUGCCCAAACACGAGGAGGGGGGAGGGGAUACCUUCUAUCCCCACCAGCAGGGCCCGCAGCCCCCACCACUUAUCGUGCCACGACUUGCCAAUUAGAUGUAGAUGCUGUCUUUUUAA